AUGACGAAUCCAAGCAAGCUGGGACUCGCUGCCUACCGCCGGGAUAACCAACUCCCUUGGAGGGAGGGAGAGCCGGAGGACCAGCCCUUCCUGGACGGGACUACCCCACGAGUGAAAAAGUCCGUGGCACUUCCAGCCCGCCGCCCAUCCCCGUGUGCUCCCGAAACUGCGGAUAGAGUGCAGAAAAAAAUAUUGGUGAAGCAAUCAGGCUAUGAAUAUUCUGAAGGAGGAUUAGAAAAAACCAGCAUUUCAGAGUAUGUCCUGUCUGUCCUGCAAUUUACCUACCCUACCCUUUUUCAAGGGUGGCAAACACUGGUGGGUGGACUUCUGCUUCACAUCUCCUGGAAGCUGGGCUGGGUGGAGAUAAACCUGUGUUCAAGGUCUGAAAUUCUGUCAUGGCUUCCUGCAUCAGUGCUUUUUGUGGGCACUAUUUAUGCCGGCUCCAGGGCACUGUCUAGAUUGCCAAUCCCGGUGUUCCUCAUCGUGCACAACGCGGCGGAAGUCAUAUCCUGCGGGUUCCAGAAGUUUGUGCAGAAAGAGCAGAUCUCUCAUCUGAAAGUCUGUAGUGUGCUGUUCCUCCUGGCAGCAGCAGUGUGCCUUCCUUUGUGUGACACACAGUUUGAUCCAAAUGGAUAUUCAUGGGCUCUAAUUCACUUGAUCUGUGUUGGGGCUUACAAAGUAUUUCACAAGUUGUGGAAACCUGGAUCUUUAAGUGAUCUGGACCAACAGUACAUCAACUAUGUAUUCAGUGUAGUGCUGUUGGCCUCUGCAUCCCAUCCAGCAGGUGAUCUCUUCAGUGCCUUGGAUUUUCCAUUCCUGUACUUCUACAGGUUUCAUAGCAGCUGCUGUGCCAGUGGACUGUUGGGAUUCUUUCUGAUGUUGCACACAGUGAAGCUAAAAAGCAGCACAACCUCAGGGCAAUAUGCAGCCUGGAGUUUCCUUGCAAAGGUUAUCACUGCUGGCUUAUCACCGUUCUUCUUUGUCAUGACUGCCAAUGUACUAACAAUUUCUUGCCUUGUGAUCGGUGGAGUUGGAGAAGCAUUACUUGUUUACAGUGAAAGGACAGGCACAUAAAGAGGAACCAGAUCUCACCAGCUGGAAAAGAGCUGACUUUCAGCCUAGAGACACUAGCAUGAAAAAAAGUGGCAGCAGGAAUGAAGAAGUGCAACCAAACAUGAGGAAAGGGAUCUAUUUUUUUUAUUUUUUUUUUUUAAUUAAGAAAAUAACCUAUGCUAUUAAUAAUGCUGGUAAAGGAACAGCAUAGUUGGCAAAGAUGGUAAGGAGCCUUUACCUCAAAGCACAAGACAAACUAUGUCAGAUUGAUGUGGUAAAAGGAAAACUGCACUGUCUCAUGCUGAUGGCUCUGUGUGAGCACCACUCAGUAGCAGCUUCUUGCACAGGGAACUAAACUCAGGAAAAAGCAGCAUUCCCCACUGGAUGCCUCCAGUGGUUGUUUUUUUUUGUUUGAAGCAGACCGCAGGUCAUACCAAACAAUGUCAGAGCCCAGACCCUGCCAUAAACUCAGGAUCUGGAAGGACGGAUUUUGCCUCCAACUGUGCUGUAAGCAGCAAGCUGCCACACACAGGUCUCUAGUCAUGUUGUCUGAAUGGGCACAGGGACUGAGGCCAAGGGGCUUGUGGAGAUAAUCCCCUUCUGGAACUCUGGCAGCUUGACAGCUUUGCAGAAAGGGAAAAUCAGCAAUAAAUCUCAAUAUCUGUAGUGAUUGCUCUUUGUGAAUUUUUUUCUCUCCCAUUUGCUGAGAUUUCUCUUGAACUCCGCCAAUUUUUGUCAGCUGGAGGGGGUGGAGGGACACGUACUGUUCCCAGCAGUGGUUUGUCUCUUAAAUUAUUGCAAGAGGAAACAAAGAAUGAAUGUCAUAAAGAGUGUAAGGAAAUUAAUCUCAAGAGUUCUUAAAAUAAUUUCACUUCUGGUUGCUUAAUAACUGUUAAAAAUUAAUCUUGAUAUAUUAGAGCCUGCAGUCUAUGUGAAAGUAAUAUUAAAUGAUGAGUUUAUAUUGUGGGAAA